GUUGAAAAUAAGCCUUUGGCUCAAGUCCAGAAGCCACCCUCCAAGAUCAAGAACCUCAAAAUGACCCGACUUUUGCAUAAGGGUACAAACACCAACAUUACUUCACUCCCUUUUAUGGAUACCAAGGAGAAGAAGAAUGUGAUCAACCUCCCACACAUCAGCAACAAAAUUCUGCUGAAGCCUGGUGUGCUGUCCCGGGAAAUUCAAACGCACAGUCGUAAGCUGGCCUCUGAGUACAAGGCUUUAGAAGCACCUUUCCACCCUAGCAUGAAGACUCAUGAACACAAGGUAGAAGAGAAACCACCAAAGAAGCACAAGGUGCCUCUGACGGCAGCAGAAGCCCUAAAGAAUUUUAAGAGUAAGCUGUCUCCUUAUGAGCAAAGUGAAAUCCUGGGCUACACAGAGCUAUGGUUCCUGGGGCUUGAUGCUGAGAAACUCAAUGUGGCUCCAGAGAAAUUCAGCAAGACAAGUUUUGAUGAUGAACAUGGCUCCUAUCUGAAGGUCCUGCAUGACCACAUUGCCUACCGCUACGAGGUUCUGGAGAUGAUUGGAAAAGGGUCCUUUGGACAGGUGGCCAAGUGCUUGGAUCACAAAAACAAUGAGUUGGUGGCCCUGAAAAUCAUCAGGAACAAAAAGAGAUUUCACCACCAGGCCCUGGUGGAGCUGAGGAUCCUGGAAGCCCUCAGAAGGAAAGAUAAAGACAACAAGUACAAUGUGGUACACAUGAAGGACUUUUUCUACUUCCGGAAUCACCUCUGCAUCACCUUUGAACUUUUGGGAAUCAACUUGUACGAGUUGAUGAAGAGUAAUAGCUUUCAAGGUUUCAGUCUGUCGGUAGUUCGGCGCUUCACCCUCUCUGUCUUGAAGUGCUUGCAAAUGCUUUAUGUAGAGAAAAUCAUCCACUGUGAUCUCAAGCCUGAAAAUAUAGUGCUAUACCAAAAGGGCCAAAUCGCAGUUAAAGUUAUUGACUUUGGGUCCAGUUGUUAUGAGCACCAGAAAGUAUACACCUAUAUCCAAAGCCGGUUCUACCGAUCCCCUGAGGUGAUUCUGGGUCACCCCUACAAUAUGGCCAUUGAUAUGUGGAGCCUGGGCUGCAUCUUGGCAGAGCUGUACACGGGUUACCCUCUGUUCCCGGGGGAGAAUGAGGUGGAGCAGCUGGCCUGCAUCAUGGAGGUGCUGGGUCUGCCGCCAGCCCGCUUCAUUCAGACGGCCUCCAGGAGACAGACGUUCUUUGAUUCCAAAGGUUUUCCUAAAACUAUAACCAACAACAGGGGGAAAAAAAGAUACCCGGAUUCCAAGGAUCUCACGAUGGUGCUGAAAACCUAUGACACCAGCUUCCUGGACUUUCUCAGAAGGUGUUUGGUAUGGGAACCUUCUCUUCGUAUGACCCCUGAUCAGGCCCUCAAGCAUGCUUGGAUUCAUGAGCCACGGAACCUCAAACCACGGCCCAGGCCCCAGUCCCUGAGGAAACCCAAUGUCUCUCUUCCUUCUGAGAUAAGCAAGAACAAGGUUCAAGAGUAUCAUCACUCAACCAAAACAGAUGAGACCACCAAAGAGACUGCAGACAAAAUAAAAGAUGGUGCCACUAAGAAUGUUCAGAAUUCAGCUGAUCAGCAGGACUCUGUCCAGCACACUACUGAGACUGUCCAGCUGCCUCCUCUAGUAGAAGCUCCCAGAACGCCAGAGGCUGUUACUGAACCAGAGGUGGCCAAACCCUCCACAGAACAAAGUGGCCCAAGCUCCUCCUCUAGUAAUACAAACAUUUUACCAUGUAUUGUAUGACCCUUGCUGAAGGGUCCUGUGUCCCGUUCCUUUCCAGUGAUUUGUAUUCAAGACAGCACUUAUAUUGUACAAUACUUCAGAUUGUUGUUUUUCAAUGC